GUUGGUGUGCAGCAGUAAUGGGACCGGUGGCAGCAGCUCCAUCUACUCGGUUGCCAUGGUGUCGAUCCCUGACUGCGUGGACAACGCGACGCAGACGGACAUCAGUUUCGUGAACAUCGUUCCUCCGGGGAGGAGCAGAGGUCACCACCAUCCCCACCACCGCUCCUCCUCCCCUCCCCCUCCUCCCCCGUCUCCCCCCGCGCCUCACCUCGAAGCACCGUACGGCAUCAACGAGUUCUGUGUGUUUGAGUACAACGACCCCGACGACUACUUUGACGUCUCCAACCACGAGGUGGACAGACCGGACGACCUGGAGUACGAGGAGGUGGAGCUGUACAAGUCCAGUCAGCAGGAGAAGCUCGGGCUGACCGUCUGCUACCGGACGGACGACGAGGAGGACCUUGGGAUUUACGUUGGAGAGGUAAAUCCAAACAGCAUAGCAGCAAAGAACGGACGCAUCAGGGAGGGGGAUCGAAUCCUACAGAUUAACGGAGUGGAUAUUCAGAACAGAGAGGAGGCCGUGGCCAUUUUGACCCGAGAGGACAGCAUCAACUUCUCCCUGCUGCUGGCCAGGCCGGACAUAGAGAAUGAUAACCCUGUUGGUCAAGAGGAGGAAAUGGAUCUGACUCUGGAGGGGGGGGGCUUCCCCCAAAACCCCCGAACCUCCUCCGUCACAUCCCCCCUUCCCUCUGGAUAUUACCGCCUCUGCCGGGGAGGAGGAGGAGGAGGAGGAGGAGAAGGUGUAGGUGGUGAUGUUGCCGUGGAGGAGGAAGAGGAUGAAGAGGAAGGAGAGAGGUGGGAGAACAGAGACCCUCCUCCUCCCCUGCCCCCCCUGCUGAGCCUGGCCCCCCUGCUGACCCACAGCCAGGAGUUGGACAGCGGGGUGGGCCGCACCGACGACAGCACGCGCUACGAGUCUGAACACGAUCUGCUGGGAGAUCAGACCAGCGCCCCCAACACCAACACCACCAACACGCCCGGCAGCACCCGCAAGUUCAGACCCGGACUCAGCCCCCGGUAG